CUUUGAAUCUCCCACUAUUAUGAACACCAACCAAUUUAACAUCAUUCCCAUUUAUAACAAUAGACUUUUGCUAGUCUUUCCCAGUAUGCCUAUGUAAGAAGGCAUGCUAUGCUAUUGCUAUGGAGAAGAAAACAAGUGUCCAAGAGUCACGUAAAUUCAACCAAUUAUUUUUCCCCAAGCAACACAACAAAGUGUACCCAAUUAGGCUACAGAGAAGCUCUUCAACUUCAUCCUUGUCUUCAUUAUCAUCAUCAUUGUCACAAAAGUCAGAUGACUCUUCUCUAACAGAUUCCUUGAAUCUAGCAGAUGAGAGUUUUCAAUUUGCACUGAAUUUGAUUUCGCCGCGUUGUCAAAGAAGAGAACCAGAAAUUAUUAAUGAUGCACACCAACAACAAAUUCCACAGACUGCUGAGGCUGGUGAAUUGAAAAGGUGCAACUGGAUCACUAAGAACUGUGAUGAGGCUUACAUUCAAUUUCACGAUGAGUGCUGGGGAGUCCCAGCUUACGAUGACAAAAAAUUGUUUGAGCUGCUUACACUAUCAGGAUUGCUGAUAGAUUACAACUGGACCGAAAUUCUAAAAAGAAAGGAAAUUCUUAGAAAAGUUUUUGCUGGAUUUGAUCCUAAUACUGUGGCCAAAAUGGAGGAGAAAGAAAUCAUGGAAAUAGCAUCAAACAAAGAAGUUUUGUUAGCCGAUUGCAGAGUUAGGUGCAUAGUAGACAAUGCCAAAUGCAUAAUGAAGAUUGUGAGGGAAUGUGGAUCAUUCAGCUGCUAUAUAUGGGGCUAUGUGAAUCACAAACCAGUGAUUAACAGAUACAGAUACCCAAGAGAUGUCCCUCUAAGGACUACAAAAGCAGAUACCAUCAGCAAGGACUUGAUAAAGCGUGGCUUUCAAUUUUUGGGUCCAGUGAUAGUUUAUUCUUUUAUGCAAGCUGCAGGAUUGGCAAUUGAUCAUCUUGUGGAUUGUUAUAGGCACAAUGAAUGUGUAAGGCUCGCAGAAAGGCCUUGGAGACAUUUGUAACAUAAUCGAGGAUUGCUAACAACACACGUUUUAACAUAUUUCUUGCAAUACACUUUCUAUUGUUGAUAAAAUUUUAUUGGAAACUACAAAAUUACUAGUGAGUCAUUGAAUAAGAAAUGAGACUCACAAUUUUGUGAUUUUCAAAAAAAAAAACUAAUCAAUAAUAAAUGAUGUAUUCAAAAGAGUUGUUAUAAACUGUGUUGUUAGCCUUUCUCUCUGUAACAUUCAUCAGUUUACUUGCAUAAUUUUCGAUUGUUUUUUGUAUCAACAGCUAUUCAGUUUUCCAUACAUGCCUAUUCUAGCAAGAGAGGGAGGUAAAACAAUGCUUUGUAGUCCCUCUAUUUUUUUAUUUUUUGGUUUUUGGGGUCAUUUUUCCUUCUCUUCCUUCCAUCCCAUGUCAUAAUCAUCAAGUCAAGCUUUGCCGUUGUCAAUAAAUUGAAGAGGGUUGCUUGCUUGCCUUUGAAUUUGAGUGAUGAACAGAGUCAGCCUUGAGGCCUUGGUUGUGGAACACUACAUGUUUGGUAUGGUAAGUGCAUCAAAGACCAAUUGUACACUACUGAAUGAAAAUGUUCUUGUUUGCAUUGUUUAUA